AUGGCCGUCGUCGCCAUCGCCGCCACAUCGCCAGACGCCCGGAGUGCCAAGCCCUUCCGUCACCGUCACCAGAUCCACACAUUCCUCACACCUCCACCUCCACCCGCACUCGGCGACUUAACAUCGGACCCGAUCGCAGGUGACUCAUCUCGCCUCAACAUCAACACUCAGCAUAUAUCGCAAGCCAUGUCCCCUCUCCACCUCUUCCACUCCCGCUCCCACUCCCAAGUCUCCGCCAACUCGCCUAUGUCCUCCUCACCCUCGCCCGACGACAUUGCCGCCCGCCGCGCCCGCUUCCGUCAACUCCAUCAGUCCGGCUGUUUCCUCAUCCCCAACCCCCCCUCAGCCGGCGCCGCAGUCUACCUCUCGACGCUCGGGUUCCAGGCUCUCGCCUCAACCUCAUCAGGCUACGCCUGGUCCCAGGGGAAAGAGGACAAUGCCCUCUCCCUGGAGCAGACACUGCACCACCUCCGCUCCCUCGUUACCUCGACCGAUCUGCCCAUAAACGCCGACUUUGUGGAUGGGUUCGGAUCGACGCCCGUCGAGGUCGAGAACGCCGUCAGCCAUGCCAUCGACACGGGUGUAGCCGGCAUCUCGAUUGAGGAUACAUACUCGACGUGGGAGGGGCCCGAGAAGGGGCGCCAGCGGCCGAUUAAGGAGGCCGCGGAGCGCGUUCGGGCAGCCAAGCGCGCGAUCGAGGAGUCGGGCUAUGACGUGUUGUUGGUGGGAAGGGCGGAGAACUUCUUCGUCGGCAACCCGGACAUCAACGAUACGAUCGAGCGUCUCAAGGCGUACUCGGCCGCAGGCGCGGACUGUCUCUACGCCCCCGGCAUUACGGACCCGGACCACAUCCGCGCUGUCGUGGAAGCCGUGGCGCCGAAACCGGUCAAUAUCCUCGUCGGCGGACCGAGCCAGUUGAAUCUCGACGAGAUUGCGAAACUUGGCGUCAGGAGGGUCAGUGUUGGCGGCGCGCUGGCGCGGGUCGCGUGGGGAGCCGUCAUGGACGCAAGCGAGAGGCUGGCGCGGGGGGACUUCACAGGUCUGACGGGCGUGAGUGGAGACAAGCUGAACGACAUCAUGCGUCGAUAG